AUGUCACGGCAUAUCAACUUCAAGCUCAGCAAUGGCGUUACCAUCCCCGGCCUGGGGUUCGGCACAUUCUCGAGUGAAGGGGCUAAGGGGCAAGCCUACGAUGCGGUUCUGCAUGCUCUCAGAACGGGAUACAGGCAUCUCGACUGUGCUUGGUAUUACCGCAAUGAAGAUGAGAUUGGCCAGGCUAUCGCGGACUUUUUGAAGGAGCAGCCGAGUGUCAAGAGAUCCGAUUUGUUCAUCACCACCAAAGUCUGGAACCAUUUGCACGAGCCUGAUGAGGUGAAGUGGUCGUUGGAGAACUCACUCGAAAAUUUGCAGCUGGAUUAUGUGGAUUUGUUCUUGGUUCACUGGCCAAUUGCUGCUGAGAAGGAUGAGAACAACAUGCCUAAGCUCGGGCCAGAUGGCAAGAAUUCACUUUGCGCACCCUCGCAUAUGGGGGAUGCAUUGACAGCCUCUUGCUGGAUGGAUUUGCUGAUUUUACUCCCUUUAAUGGAAACAGCUCGAGCCAUUGGUCUCUCCAACUUCACCAUCCCAGGCAUCAAGCAAGUCCUCUCCUUCGCCAAAGUGCCACCACACGUCAACCAGAUCGAAAUCCACCCAUUCCUCCCCAACACUGAGUUGGUCGAAUUCUGCCUUUCGCACAACAUCUUACCAGAGGCCUACUCGCCGCUUGGGUCGCAGAACCAGGUCCCCUCCACAGGCGAAAGAGUCGGGACGAAUCCUACGCUUAACGCCAUCGCGGAAGAGGGCAACCAUACGCUUGCCCAAGUCUUGAUCGCAUGGGGCUUGAAACGAGGCUAUGUCGUGCUGCCGAAGAGUUCGACUCCGUCACGCAUCGACAGCAACUUUGAGGAAAUCGAGUUGUCGCCGAAGCAGUUCGAGGCUGUUAACGAAGUGGCCAAGGGGAGACACUGCCGCUUUGUGAACAUGAAGGACACUUUUGGAUACGAUGUUUGGGCUGAUGAAAAGGCGUGA